GGAUGAAACGCUGCAGAUGACCACGAGAUAGAAAAGAGCCGUGUGUAACCGAUAAGCUAAAGUUCAAAAGUGUUUGUAGAUAGCCAAUGCCACUUCCCUUCUCCCACGCUUCGCCAUCCAAAAAGCGGUUCCAGAAAGACAUACGGAAACAUGGCAAAAGACGAAUCUUUUGAAACAUUUAAACUUGGUGACUGGGAUCUCCAGAGCGGGGAGAUAAUCUACGAUGCCCAUAUCGCAUAUAAGACGUUUGGAGAUCCCAAGUUGCCGGCGAUCGUCUAUCCCACAUGGUUUUCGGGAGCGAUAUCCGAUAACUUUUGGUUAAUUGGUGAUGAUAUGACGCUUAGCCCGCAGAAAUAUUUCAUUAUCAUCACGGCCUUGUUUGGGAAUGGCCAAUCCUCGUCACCAUCAAACCAGGGAUCAGACUCCAAAAACAAGCCUUUCCCGAAGGUUUCCUUCUACGAUAAUGUACGCGCGCAGCACAAGUUGGUGACUGAACACUUCGACAUCUCGCAUCUACGUGCAGUUCUCGGCUGGUCAAUGGGAGGUGGCCAGACCUUCCAAUGGGCUACCCAGUACCCGGGUUUUAUGGAUUUAGCAGUGCCAUUCUGCGGUGCAGCGAGGGUCGCCUUGCAUAAUAAUGUCAUGCUCGAGGGCGUCAAGAGUGCGCUUCUGACUGCCAAAUCAAUCCCGUCGCCGGGACCCGGCGAAAUUUACAACCCUGCAGUUCAGAGCGAAGGCUAUCGGACCUGGUCAAAUGAAGAAAAGAAUGUUGGUCUUAAAGCUCUGGGGAGAGUUUACGCAGGAUGGGGAUUCAGCCAAGCCUUCUACAGAGAGAAGCUAUAUGAGACUGUUCUAGGGUAUAAGGAUCUAGAAGAUUUCCUGAUUGGCUUUUGGGAAAAGUGGUCGUGUUCUAAAGAGCCGGAGAACUUACUCGUCAUGGUGCAGACGUGGCAAAACGCCGAUAUAUCCAAACAAGAGCCGUACAAUGGCAACUUUGAACUAGCGCUAGGGUCAAUCAAAGCCAAGACUCUUGUUUUGCCAGCAAAAACCGACCUUUACUUUCCACCAGAGGACUCAGAGUACGAGGUCAAGUGUAUGAAGGCUGGGGUCGGUGAACUCGACGUGUUUCCUUCUAUCUGGGGUCACUGGGCGGGAGGUCCUGGAGACAGCAAAGAGGAUGUAAAAUGGCUUGACGACAGGCUACGCAGAUUCUUUGCUUCUAACUGAUUCGUCUUGACUGUUUGAAAAGUGGCGUAAAAUGAUAAGCAAUCCAUCCUGUAUCUUCGCCACUAUGGCGUGGAAAGGUCUUGAAGAUAGUUCUCUGUCAUUGUAAUCAUAUCCAACAUAUCUCGAA